AUGAUUCGUCGUACUGCUCUUCAGCUUGUAGCCUAUGAUCUUGCUGUGAUCGGAGGUGGACCUGGGGGCUAUGUGGCCUCAAUUAAAGCUGCACAGUUGGGACUUAAGACCGUUUGUAUCGAGAAGCGCGGGGCACUUGGCGGCACUUGUCUUAAUAUCGGAUGUAUCCCUUCAAAGGCGCUUCUCCAUGCGACUCAUCUAUACCAUGAUGCGCACGCAAACUUCGCGAAGUUCGGUCUCCGGGGUGGUGAGAAUAUAACAAUGGACGUCACAGCCAUGCAGAAGCAGAAGGAUAAGGCGGUCAAGGGGCUCACAGGGGGUGUUGAGUACCUUUUCAAGAAGUAUAAAGUAAGCUAUGCAAAGGGUGAGGCAAGCUUUGUAAACCCCAACGAGCUGAAGGUGAAAGGUCUUGAUGGUAAGGACGAAACAAUCACAACCUCUAAAACCAUCAUCGCUACCGGAAGUGAACCGAUGGAGCUACCAUUUCUCCCUUUUGAUGAGAAGGUGGUGCUGUCCUCAACGGGCGCCCUUGACCUGCCCUCUGUGCCGAAAAAAAUGAUCGUCGUUGGCGGUGGUGUGAUCGGCCUCGAGCUCGGCAGCGUGUGGGCCCGUCUUGGGUCGGAGGUGACCGUCGUGGAGCUCGGGUCCCGCUGCGCAGUAACAGUGGAUCCGGACGUGUCGAAGGUUCUCACCGACUACCUCGCGAAGCAUGAGAAGAUGAAGUUCCUGAACAACACCAAGGUAGUGAGCGGUAAGAACAACGGCACAAGCGUCAGCGUUGAGGUCGAGGGGAAGGAUGGUAAGCGUCAGACCCUGAAUGCGGAUGUUUUGCUUUGUUCUAUCGGUCGUCGCCCGUAUACGAAGGGCCUUAACACUGAGGCCAUUAACCUAAAGCUAGAGCGCGGCUUUGUGGAUAUCAACGAUCACUUUGAGACAAAUGUGCCCAGUGUGUACGCCAUCGGCGACGUGGUGGUGAAGGGUCCAAUGUUAGCCCACAAGGCCGAGGACGAGGGGGUCGCUCUGGCUGAGCAGCUUGCUGGCAAGCCCAGCCACGUGAACUACGAUGCCAUUCCAAGUGUUAUUUAUACCAUGCCCGAGGUCGCGCAGGUCGGGAAGACCGAGGAGGAGGUUAAGAAGGCGAAUAUCGAGUACAAGGUCGGUAAGUUCCCCUUCGCGGCCAACUCGCGCGCGAAAGCUAUUACCAUGGAGGAUGGCUUUGUGAAGGUGAUAACAGACAAGAAAACGGAUCGGAUAUUGGGAGUCCAGAUUGUGUGCAGUAUUGCGGGUGAGCUCAUCGCGGAGACCGUACUCGCUAUGGAAUACGGCGCCAGUUCGGAGGAUGUUGGUCGAACAUGUCAUGCCCACCCCACGAUGUCCGAGGCUGUAAAGGAGGCGUGCAUGGCCUGCUAUGCACAAACUAUCAACUUCUAG